GGUAAGAGAGAGAAACAACAAAACCGCGCGAGAGAAAGAGGGGGAGAGAGAGAGAGAAUGAACAAUCUUCCUCUCAAAGCACCAGCAACCCUCAAUUGUGAAAGAUCCAAUUUUUCAAACCAAAGACUCGAUUUUCGUCUUCAAAAAAGGCACAACGAUACCUGACCCAUCUUCCGUGUACGAAUAGAAUCUAUUUUCUUCCUCAAUCGCCAUUCGGAGCUCCACAGUCUCAGAUUCAUCAUCCACAAUGGCCGAGUUUAUAUUAGGUCGAAUCUCCAAAUGUAGGUAACGACGAACCCGCCCGCGAUAAGACUUAUCGUUUAGUGCCUUUUUCCAAGCAUUGUGUGUGCAAAAUUCUUCAGGUUUCGGGACCCACAUAUGAAUUUCUAGGGUUUGUAAGUUAUUGGGAAUUGGAAGGAACUAGUUUUUAAGCCUUUGAGCUGGAGAGCUAGAUUGGUUACAAUACUAAACGCCGGUUUGGUGCAUUUUAGUGGCUUUAUGUGUUCGACAUUCGCGACGCAAAAUUCGCAUGUGGAAAUGCGUUUAUAGGGUUUGUAACUUAUAGUGAAUUGGGAAUUUGGGAGAACUAGUUCUUAAGCUUUUGAGCUGGAGCUUGAUUGGUUACAAUACUAAAUGCCUGUUUGGUGCAUUUCAGAGGCUUUAUGCGUUCGGCAUUCACGAUGCUAAAUUCGGAUGUGCAAAUGAAUUUCUAGGGUUUGGUAACUGGUUUUAGUUAUUCCAGAGGUAGACGUUGAUUUCUACAAGUCUAGAUGCAUGAUAUUCCCAGGAGUGGCUUGAUGUGCUUGUAAUUUGAUUCUUGGGGUAUAAUAACAAGAUGGGUUAGGUGAAGUGAUUGGUUGUUCAAGAUCACGAGAUCGUGUAGAUCCUUGGAGUGAUUUGUUUAUGGGGAAGAAUUGGGCAUUGGAAUGUGCAAAUGGGUUUUGGGUCUACUGCUGGUCUUUCCCUGAUAGUGCAACUUGAAUGGCUGAUUUUAAGAGGAGUAGUCUGGCAGAAAGAGACAUCGACCAGGCCAUUGCAACACUUAAGAAAGGAGCAUAUUUACUUAAGUAUGGGCGCAGAGGGAAGCCGAAGUUUUGUCCAUUUCGACUUUCUACUGAUGAAUCCAGGUUGAUAUGGUACUAUGGGAAAGAUGAAAAACAGCUUGAACUAAGUCAUGUUUCAAGGAUAAUUCCUGGACAGCGUACUGCAAUAUUCCAACGGUAUCCCCGACCCGAGAAGGAAUAUCAGUCCUUCUCUCUCAUAUACAAUGACAGGUCCUUGGAUUUGGUAUGUAAGGAUAAGGAUGAAGCCGAGGUUUGGUUUGUCGGUCUUAAGGCAUUGAUUUCACGAGGCAGUUACCGCAAUUUUAGUAGUGAAGCAAAAACUGAUUGUAUAGCAAUAGCCAGUCUACAUGCUCGGAGAACUUAUCCAUCUGGAUCAUCCUCUGACCAAGGAGGUACUCAACAAGGCGAGAGUCUUCCUCAGAGUAGAUUGGGAAAAGCAUUCUCAGACAUAAUUUCAUAUACUGCAGCUACCAAAAAUCAGGCUCAACCUGAACCAGUUAUUAGUUCUCUUAGCUCACUUUCAUCUGUAGCCACAGAUAAUUCAAAUAGUCGAAGUUCAGCAGCUGAAACAUUUCGUAUUAGUUUGUCUAGUGCUGUAAGUUCAUCAAGCCACGGUUCCGGUCAUGAAGAUUUUGACGCCUUAGGGGAUGUUCUUAUUUGGGGAGAAAGCAUUGGCGAUGGGCAACUGGGUGGUGGUGUCGAUAGAGUUCAUAAUUCAUCUACUACCAUACUUGAUGCCCUUUUGCCUAAACCAUUGGAAUCCACUAUAGCACUUGAUGUCCAUAAUAUUGCUUGUGGUGCGAGGCAUGUUGUGUUAGUGACAAAGCAAGGGCAAGUAUUUAGUUGGGGGGAGGAGUCGGGCGGCAGACUAGGGCAUGGAGUAGAGGAUGAUGUUCCACACCCAAAACCCAUUGACGCUCUUACCGGAAUGAACAUUGAGCUAGUAGCAUGCGGAGAAUAUCACACUUGUGCCAUUACGUUUUCAGGGGAUCUUUAUACAUGGGGUGAUGGUAGCCACAACUCUGGGUUACUUGGGCAUGGAAGUGAAGUCAGUCACUGGAUUCCUAAAAAAGUAACUAGCCCCAUGGAGGAUAUACAAGUAUCCUAUAUUUCUUGUGGAACUUGGCACACAGCUUUCAUAACAUCCGCGGGCCAGCUGUUUACAUUUGGAGAUGGGACUUUCGGUGUCCUAGGCCAUGGAGAUCAUCGUAGCACAAGUAUUCCAAGGGAAGUCGAAAAUUUGAAAGGAUUACGCACGGUGAGGGUUGCUUGUGGAGUUUGGCAUACUGCUGCAGUUGUUGAUGUAAGAACUACAUCUACUUCGGGCUCCACUGAUAGCUCUUUAUGUGGAAAGUUGUUCACUUGGGGGGAUGGGGAUAAAGGCCGACUUGGACAUGGUGACAAAGAACCCAGACUAGUUCCAGCAUGUGUACCUUCAUUGGUUGAUGUAAGCUUCUCUCAAGUAUCCUGUGGGCACAACCUAACAAUUGCACUUACAAGCUCCGGACAAGUUUAUGCAAUGGGGAGUCCUUUAGCUGAUGGAAAGAUGCUCACAUGCAUUGAAGGUGAAAUUGCCAAGAGUUCUGUGGAACAAAUAGCAUGUGGUUCCCAUCAUGUUGCUGUUUUGACUUCAAAAGCAGAGGUUUAUACUUGGGGAAAGGGUGCAAAAGGCCAAUUAGGGCAUGGAGACAACGAGGACCGGAGUACACCUACACUUGUUGAUUUUUUGAAAGAUAAGCAAGUAAAGAGCAUAGCAUGUGGUGCAAAUUUCACUGCUGUUAUAUGUCUUCAUAAGUUAGUAUCCAACACUGACAAUUCUGUGUGUUCCAGCUGUCGUAAUACCUUUAAUUUUAGAAGAAAACGUCACAACUGCUACAACUGUGGCCUCGUCUUCUGUAAAUCAUGCAGCAGCAGGAAGUCAUUGAAAGCUUCAUUGGCUCCUAGUAUGAACAAACCAUAUCGUGUCUGUGAUGAUUGCUUUAACAAGCUAAAGAAGGUUGUGGAAUCUGGAUCCGUUGCUCGUAUUCAUAAAGUCAAAAGUGGAAAUGAGAUCGGCGUUCCACGAUUGCAAGGACAACUUUCCAGACUCUCAUCUUUUGACUCGUGCAACCUGGCUGAUAUAAAAAAUACUAAACACAGUAUAAAAGUUGAAUCGAAUGAUAGCCGUGUGUUCCCCCUUGUGAAUGGCAAUACACAGAGGGGAAGCAUUUCUUCUUCUUCAAAAUCAUCAAAUUCCCCUGUUGCAUCUUCAUGGAAUUUUUGUUUAUCCUCUGUUCCUGGUUCUAGAAUGGUUUCUCGGGCAGCAUCUCCUGUUUCGAGAAAGUCAACUCCAUUUCACUCAGCAAUUCCUGCAUCGUCGCCGUCUAUUGGUACAUCUGAAGCGAUGCUAGCCGAUUCGAAGCAAUUAAAUGAAAAACUAAGCCACGAGGUCAUGAAUUUGAAGGCACAGGUCGAAGAUCUUACGAGAAAAUCCCAGCUUCUUGAAGCAGAACUGGAGAGGACAUCUGAUCAAUUGAAGGAUGCAACUGAAUUAGCAGCCGAUGAAGCUGAAAAAUGCAAUGCUGCGAAGGAAGUUAUCAAGUCCCUUACUGGACAGUUGAAGGAGAUGGCUGAAAAGGUCCCAGAAGCUCAUAUCUCCAGCAAAAAAUCAGUUUCUGUCGCCAGAAAUGCGUUGGGCUAUUCAAGUUCAAACUCAAAUGGCAAUAUGAUGAGUGUUAUCUCUCCUAAAAGUGAGUCCAAUAUCAAUUCAUCCGAUACCUUCUUAUCCAAUGGAACAAAGUCUCAAAAUGAGAAAGCGGAGUGGGUGGUGCAAGAUGAACCUGGCGUGUAUAUAACUCUAUCAUCAUUGCCAGGGGGUCACAAUGAACUCAGACGAGUUCGUUUCAGUCGGAAGCGAUUCACUGAGGAACAAGCAGAGAAGUGGUGGGCUGAACAUGGGGUUGAAGUAUGCGAGCGGCACAACAUACCACCACUAUAGUAGGAUGCAGUUGAUACUUUUUCCAUAUCUUCUUCAUUCGUGGAAGGUGGAAGCCUAACUUGUUUUACAUCACCCUCUCCCUCUACUGUCAAUUAUAGUUCCCCCCCCCCCCCCCCCACAUCUUUGUUGUGGCUCAGUCAGUGGAGUUCAGUACCACCAAGGUGGUUGUAUCUUGCAGGUAGACUGAGGUGAAAGAAUGUACUAGGAAACAAUGUAAAACACUAACCAAGAAAUGUAAACCAAUUUUGAGUAA